GCCACGCCCCCUGCGCCUGCGCACAGGCGCGGCCUGCUGACGUGGACCGGGCUGCGGGGCCGAGCCCGGCGCCGAGGAGAGCAGCCGCGGCCGCUGUGCUGGCAGAGCGGCGAGCGAGGCGGGGAUGGCGGCGCGGCUCGCUUUGCGCGGGGGACCCGGGGCUGCCGGCCAGCGCCCAUGGCUGCUGCUGGCGCCGCUGCUGCUGGUCCCGCUGCUGGCGCGGCCCGCCGAGGCCCUGGUGGAAGGGCUGUACUGCGGCACGCGCGACUGCUACGAGGUGCUGGGCGUGAGCCGCUCGGCCAGCAAGGCGGAGAUCGCGCGGGCCUACCGUCAGCUGGCCCGGCGCUACCACCCAGAUCGCUACCGGCCCGAGCCCGGGGACGGCCCCGGGGGCGCGCCGCCGAGCGCCGAGGCUUUCCUGCUAGUGGCGACCGCCUACGAGACGCUCAAGUCCUCCUGCAUAUGCCCAAGAGGAUUGGGGAUGGAUGGACACCAGCAGAAGCACCACUUACCUCUAGACAUUAGAAGCCAGGAAUGUAUUGCCCUGCUUGUCGAGGCUCAGGACAGGAAGAAACAAGUAUAAGUUUUGAUUUUGGAAAGAAGUUGGAAUCUCCUGACCCUGGGACCUUAAGAUCCACAAUAUUGCUGAAAGAAAAAGUACUACCUUAUUGAAAGGAUGAAGAAACACGGAAGGAUUAUGACUACAUGCUGGAUCACCCAGAAGAAUACUAUAGCCAUUACUACCACUACUACAGCAGGCGCCUGGCCCCAAAAGUGGACGUUAGGGUGGUGAUUUUGGUCAGUGUGUGUGCCAUUUCAAUGUUUCAGUAUUUCAGCUGGUGGAAUAGCUACAAUAAAGCAAUCAGCUACCUAGCCACAGUGCCCAAGUACCGCAUCCAGGCAACAGAAAUCGCCAAGGAGCAGGGACUGCUCAAAAAAGCCAAAGAAAAAGGGAAAAACAAGAAGUCCAAAGAAGAAAUCCGUGAUGAGGAGGAGAACAUCAUAAAGAACAUUAUAAAAAGUAAAAUAGACAUAAAGGGGGGCUACCAGAAACCCCAAGUUCGGGACCUCCUCUUGUUUCAGGUCAUCCUCGCCCCUGUUCACCUGUGCUCUUAUAUAGCCUGGUAUUGUAGGUGGAUCUAUAACUUUAACAUCAAAGGCAAAGAGUACGGGGAGGAAGAGAGACUUUACAUUAUCCGGAAGUCUAUGAAGAUGUCCCAGUCUCAGUUUGACAGCCUGGAGGACCAUCAGAAAGAAAUGUUUCUCAAGCGGGAGCUUUGGAUAAAGGAGAAUUAUGAGGUCUACAAGCAGGAACAAGAGGAAGAAUUAAAGAAAAAAUUGGCAAAUGACCCUCGGUGGAAGCGCUACCGCAGGUGGAUGAAGAAUGAAGGGCCUGGACGGCUGACCUUUGUGGACGACUGAAGAAGCUGAGGUGCUGCUGUGCCACACUCUAAUUGUGACGACACUUGCAUAGCAGUUACUUGGGAAACACGCCUGCUGCUCUCAGCAGUAGCUAACGUUCAAAACAUAUGAUUAAACAGAAUAAUGUAGAAAUUUCUACUUUCCCUUAAAACUUUAUACAGAAGACAUUUAUGAUGGUUCAAUUUUUAUAAUCUAUUUGUGGAUUUUGUUUAAAAAGAUUUCACAUGGGGACUUAUUAGUUGCCAUUUAAAAUUUUUAUAUGUUUAGUUAAAUUUGACAUGAAAUUUAUUAGAUACCAUUUAAAACUUCUGUGUGAAGUGUUUCUUCUUCAAGAGUGUUUGCUUAUGUUCUCAUAAUGCUAAUUUUCCUCCUUUCCUGGUCUCCAGUUUUACAAAACAACAACAGAAUAAUGACAACAGCACUUGAUCAGAUUAUUGUGUCUUUCUGGACACAGUUUCUCCAGGAGAACCAUUCAGUAACAUAUUGUCCUUACUGUAGUCCUUACAGGUUUGAGCCUACUCAACGUAUUCUCUAGGAGAGUAUUCUAGAACCUCUGCACUUCCUGCCCAGUGAUUCUACUCUUGAUAAGAUCAGAAACUCUCCAGGAGAGUGGGUUACAUCAUGUCCUUGUGGGAUGUUUUCAAUUACAGUCUCAUUAUAGGACUAACUUUUCUCAAACAUUUCUGCAGAGGGGACCUUGUAAAAAGGUCUUUUAUACCACCAACUUGCUGCUUCCCUCCCUCCCUCCCUCCCUCCCUCCCUCCCUCCCUCCCUCCCUCCCUCCCUCCCUCCCUCCCUCCCUCCCUGCAUUACUUGUGUGAUUAAACUGUAAUGCACAUGAGGGUCUUAUGUGCAUUUGCACUAGAAAGAAGACAGGCAAUGCUAUGCUGCUGUCAUCCUCUAGGGAAUAAGUGUGUCUUUAUACUUAUGGAAGUGAACGGAAAUGGCAGAAUGGCUGAGUCAAACCUGAUACUCUACCAAAGUACCAUAUACACUCAUAUACAGUGCUCUGUUCAAGAUCUACCCUACUGCUUCAUAUUAAUAAAAUGGUUGUGAUGCAUCAUGCUGCCUGGUAGGCUAUGUAAAGAUUAACAUAAUGCUUUUGUAGCAUAUACUUUUAAAAGAUUAGUGUAGCAUAAUAGCUAUGAAGGAUUUCUUUUUUUUUCUUUCUCUCUCUCUUUUUUUUUUUUUUCUUUUUUGGUUUUUUGAAGCAGGGUUUCUCUGUGUAGCCCUGGCUGUCCUGGAACUCACUCUGUAGACCAGGCUGGCUUCGAACUCAGAAAUUCAUCUGCCUCUGCCUCCGGAGUGCUGGGAUUAAAGGCGUGCGCCACCACGCCCGGCUGAAGGAUUUAUUUCAGCCCAGGGACUGGGUAGCUUGGUUGAUAAAGUGCUUCCUUGCAAACAGUGGGGACUGACUUUGCAGCCCUCCCCACGCACAUACCAUCUCAUGUAAAAUAUGCCAGGCAAUGGUGGCCUGCUCAUACUGAACCUGUCUUAGAAAUCAAGGUGGAGAGCACCUGAAAAUGACAAUCAAGCCUGUCUUCUGGUCCCCACAUACACCCACACACUUGUGUAUCUGCACACACACACAUACACACACACACACACAAGCACACAGAGCUCAGUCUAGAUUACGUGCAUGAGUCUACCCUUGCCAAUUAGCCAAAAGACUUAAGAUCAGUUAUUCUAAUGUGAUUGAAUAAUUUCAAUUGAUAAUUACAAGAAUAGAAGUUGACCAGGCUGUCAGUAGGACUCUUUGUAGCUCUGUGCUUCUGAAAUACUAUAAUUUUUAGAGUUCUGUAAACUGUAGUUGGAAAUGUUUGUGUGUUCAUUCUUCUUUUUUUCUUUUCUUUUUUUUGAGGCAGGGUUUCUCUGUGUAGCCCUGGCUGUUCUGGAACUCACUUUGUAGACCAGGCUGACCUCGGUGUUCAUUAUUCUUUAGGGUUGUGGAGAAUCAGCGUUAGCACCUGUCACUCAUUAUUAUCUAAGAACAAAUUUAUGUCAUAAGGAACAGAAAGAGAUACCAGUACUAGUGUAUCUCACCAUUUUCCAAACAUCUCUGAUUGUUUGUAUUUUUCUGGUACUCUGACAAACACCAUGCCAGGAAGCAGUAGGUAGAGGGAAGGACUUCUGUGGCUUACAGUUGCAGGUUACAGUCCAUCAUUCUGGUGAAAGGCUAAAGCUCAAACACCUCGUAAUAUCAUACCCACAAGAGUAAGGAAAGAAUAUAUGUAUCUUUGCCUCUCGUGUUGUUCAGCAUUUCCUUGCUAGGGAAUGGUACUGCUGGCUGGGGCUUCCUACAUCAAUUAUCAAGGCGAUCCCUCAGACAUACCCACAGGCCAACCUCAGUGAGGUUCUGUUCACAGUUAGUUUGAAGUCAUCAGCUUGACAGUAAAGACUGACUAGCACACCUCUUCAUAAGGAGAAGAGAGAGAUGUUCAGCCAGUGAAGACUCAGACUAUCUUUGGAUAUUCUUUUGUCUGUCUUUUUUUAUUUCUGUAUUCUAUUUCUAGAAUUGUCCACUGAGGGCUGCUUAUGUGAGAGCUUGGGCACAGUCAUUGCAUGAAUCAAGGUGGACUCUACAGAAAGAUGGAGGGUUUUCCCCUCCCCUCUGUUCACUGUGCUUCAAAUUCCCAGGAUGAAGGAAAGAAAGGCCGUUGCUUACAGUAAUCACUGUACUUCACUGCACUCUUCCACCAAAAUGAAAUCUCUUCGUUUUAGAGACACCCAAGAAGACUUGAGGCCCUUACAGCCCUGUUAGUGCAGGGAGGAGGGGGUGGGGCUGUCUGAGCAUGGCUGUUCAUUGCUGCCUGUUUUUCAUCGAUUCGUGUAAUUGAAGUCUUCAAAAUACCUUGUGGGUUUUAUUCAUAUAAAUGCCUUCCUUACAGUU